AUGGCGCCCGUGUGGAUGCGGCCGCCUCUGCCGGAGUUGAACAAGGCCGGCUCCAACUUCACGGCCUCGUUCAACCCGACGCAUACGUUUGACAACCCGCCCGACGACAUUGAAAUCCUGCUUGUCCCCGGUGGGCUGGGCAUGAGACGCGGAAACUCGUCCGAGCCCGUUGUCGACUUUGUGCGCAAGACAUACCCCAAGGUCAAGUACCUCCUCACCACUUGCACCGGCGCGGGCGUUGCAGCCAGAGCUGGUGUCCUGGAUGGAAAGAGGGCCACGACGAACAAGGCGGCCUGGAAUGAGAUUGUCAAGAUGGGCCCAAAUGUGAAGUGGGUGUCGCCGGCAAGAUGGACCGUGGAUGGUAACAUUUGGACUUCGUCAGGUGUGACGUCUGGGUUUGAUCUCAUCUUUGAGUUUAUGGAUACAGUGUACAACAAGAAUACUUCGCACACGAUUCAGGGUGCCGUGGAGUAUGUGAGGGCCAAGGAUCCUUGCGAUGACCCUUUUGCCAAGUGGCACAAUAUCCCUCCCAGUGGCGACUGUCGGGACAAUAAAUGA